AUGUCCCUACUCGAUCGUGCAUCCAAUGUAUAUGUCGGUCUGAAAAGCGGUGACAUAAACGCACGCACAUCCUGUAUAAGGCGGCACGGUGGCUCCUUGGUGUGGCACCAAAACAUCGGACCAUUGGACUUGGUGGCGUUCUCGCUAAUCCGUUUCGAGAUCUGCUCUAAACUGCCGUGGCUCAAAGCCGGACAUGUCCUCGCUAGGAGUGAGGAGUACAGACUGGAUGACUUAAUCCGAAUGCAGGGGUCGCUUGACCGGGAAAACUCCAUAUGUCUUCAUCUGAAUCAAGCAUCCACACCGACAGACUCGGAGCCGCCGGAAGCCAUAAUUCUCAUGUUGAGCGUCAGGGAAAUAUCAUCCAUUGAGACCGUUCGUGAGGCGAUGGCAUUUGCGAGGAGACACCAAUUGAGCCGUUCAGAGGGUCAUUUAGCUUCUUUACUCGACCCUGUGGGGAAAUGCUCAUCUGUGCUCCAGACGGUCUGUAGCGGUCCAAAGAUGGUCCAAUCUUCAGGAUGA